AUGGGGAUUGAAGUCGAGACGCACAGGAACAAGCCGUCGAGAGAACCGCAGAAACAGCGAGACGUGGCGUUGUGGUCAUCCGUCGGCGGACACCGGGUGGUCGGGUCGGGAAAUCUCAGCGAGGUCGAGGACAAGACUCGACGGGAGCGUUACGGCUGGCUCAAAGGACAGAGGGUCGAAAAUGCGAAGAACGGCAAAACAGAUUUGUUCGCCGAGUCGCCAGCAGUCGCCUUGGUCCAGAUAGACGUUGUCGACACGUCACGAGUCCGUGUUGUGGUCGUGCGGUGGAAAAGUUUUCGAGUGAUCGCGAAGUGCGUGUCCACGAAACCGAAGCAAAAGGCAGACAGAGUCGAGAGAAGGGCUGAACGGUUGCGCCUCGUCGGAGGAGAGGGAUAG